UUUAUAUUCUGAGGCAACUGCUCAUUUAAGACAAUGAAGAACUGAAUGAACUGAUAAAGCGUUUAACUGUCAUUUUAGUGCAGUGCCGAAAAACUACCAGCAUGUCCUGUCUUUGGUAUUUGCUGUGAAGGAGAUCAACGAGAACCCUAAGAUCUUACCCAAUAUCUCCUUAGGAUUCCACAUCUAUGACAGUUACUUUGAUGCUAGGAAGACUUAUCAGAACACCUUGGGUCUUCUAUCCAGUUGGCAGAAACCUAUCUUCAACUACCACUGUGGCUUUCAGAAGAAUCUGCUAGCUGUCAUUGGGGGACCUGAUUCUGAAACUACUAUCUACAUAAACAACAUAUUAAGCCCCUAUAAGAUUUCACAGAAUAAAAGUUGGGACAAUGGAUUUCCAGGCCUCACUGGGCAAAGAAAUCUCCCUGAACAAGGAGAUCAUCUCCUGGCACAGAGCAUUUAAUCAGGUCUUGCCUCUUGCAACAUGCAACGAUAACUGCCAUCCAGGAUUCAACAGGGAAAAAAAAGAAGGGGAGCCAUUUUGCUGUUAUAAUUGCGCUCCAUGCCCUGAAGGGAAGAUUUCAGAUCAGAAGGAUAGAGAUGAUUGUUUUGCUUGCCCAGAAAAUCAAUAUGCCAACAGAGAAAGAAAUCAAUGCCUCCCUAAAAUUCCAAAUUUCCUGACUUAUCAAGAGCCUUUGGGAUUUGCUUUGGCUUUCCUGGCUCUUCUUUCUGCUCUGAUCACUGCUUUGGUCUUGGGAAUCUUUAUCAAACACAGGAAUACCCCCAUGGUCAAAGCCAACAACCGGGACCUCACUUACUCCCUGCUCAUCUGUCUCAUGCUCUGCUUCCUCUGCUCUCUCCUAUUCAUUGGCCAACCACUUGCUGUGACCUGCUACCUCCGACAAAUGUCUUUUGGCAUCAUCUUCUCCAUGGCUGUUUCUUCUAUACUGGCAAAAACCAUCACAGUGGUUGUUGCUUUCAUGGCCACCAAGCCAGGGAGUAAGAUGAGGAAAUGGGUGGGUAAAAGACUGGGAAAUUCUGUAGUUACCUUCUGCUCCUUGAUCCAAGUGGGGAUUUGCUCUUUGUGGCUCUCUACUGCUCCUCCAUAUCCAGAUCUGGACAAUCAUUCCUUGGCUGAAGAAACUGUGGUUGAAUGUAAUGAAGGCUCAGCCCCCUUGUUUUACUGUGUCCUAGGGUACAUGGGAUUCUUGGCUCUCACUAGCUUUGCUGUAGCUUUCCUUGCUAGGGGCUUACCCAGCACUUUCAAUGAAGCUAAAUUCAUCACUUUCAGCUUGCUGAUGUUUUGCAGUGUCUGGGCCUCUUUUGUCCCCACCUACCUGAGCACCAAGGGGAAAUAUAUGGUGGCUGUGGAAGUCUUCUCCAUCUUGGCUUCCAGUGCUGGACUACUUGUUUGCAUCUUUUGUCCAAAAUUGUAUGUAAUAGUAAUGAGGCCACAGUUGAAUUGUAAGCUCCAAGAUGGCGACCGAGAGCAGACACUGACGCUGACUGCUGCUGUAAGGGAGACUCCCAAUUUUUCCACCUUUUUCUCCCCCCCCAGACCUUUUGAGGACCCCCAGCCCCUCAUGUUUGAAGGGUCUGUGUCAGAGGGAGCCUCCUGGAUGGAGCAGUGGGGGAUGGCAGACCUGGGUGAGCCUGGGUGA